AUGGAAAGAAUCAGCAUCAACAACGAUGAGCGCUCAAUCGCCAUAAUCGGUCUAUCAUGCCGCUUCCCAGGCCAGGCAAAGGACCUGGACGGGUUUUGGGAAAUGCUCUGCAGGGGAACAUCCGCGCACUCCACGGUGCCAAAGGACCGCUUCAACGUCGAGGCCUUCUCGUCCGGACCAGGCGGCGGGAUAAACACCUCCCGCACCGACGGUGGCCACUUUCUCUCGUCCGACAUUCGGCGAUGGGACGCCAACUUUUUCGGCGUGACGGCCGACGAGGCCAUAGCCAUGGACCCGCAGCAGAGGCUGAUGAUGGAGCUGGCGUUUGAAGCGUUUGAGAACGCGGGCGUGACGCCUCCCCAGCUCGACGGCUCCAGCACGGGGGUCUGGAUGGGCGUCAACAGCAACGACUGGCGCGAGACGCUCUUUCGAGACGCAGAAGCCGCGCCCCUGCACACCUGGACGGGCACGGGGCCGGAGUACAUCUCGGGGAGGGUGUCGUGGUUUUUCAACCUGCGCGGGCCCAGCAUGACGGUCAACACGGCGUGCUCGUCCAGCCUGGUGGCCCUGCACGAGGCGAGGAACGCGAUCCUGGCCGGCGACUGCAAGAUGGCCCUGGUCGGCGGCGCCAAUCUCAUUUUCAACCCAGAGUACUACAUGUACUACUCCAACCAGCUGUUCUUGUCGCCCGAUGGAAGAUGCAAAAGCUUCGACGCGUCCGGCGACGGCUUUGGCAGGGGAGAAGGCCUCGGUGCCGUCAUCCUCAAACCGCUGAAAAAGGCGCUCGAGGAUGGAGAUUCCAUCCGUGCGAUACUCAGGAGUAGUGGUGUAGGCCAGGACGGCUGGACGAGCGGCAUCACCCUCCCCAAUGCCGAUGCGCAAGCGGACCUGAUUCGAGCGGUUUAUGCGGACGCCGGGUUGGAUCCGCGCAUGACUGGAUACGUCGAAGCUCACGGCACGGGGACCAGGGUUGGCGACCCAGCCGAGCUUGAGGCCAUUGCCAAGGCCAUGGGCACGGUAGGGAGAGCGAAGCCGCUGCUCGUUGGAUCGGUCAAGACAAAUAUUGGUCAUCUAGAAGCGGCGGCUGGAAUAGCAGGACUGGUCAAGUCGAUUCUGAUGUUGGAAAAUGCACAACUACCACCGACCAUCGGCAUCAAAGAUCCAAAUCCCAAGAUCAAGUGGGACGAGUGGAAGUUGCAGGUGAACCAGGCGCUUUCCCCAUGGCACCAGGAGCCUGGUCAACCGAGACGCAUCGGAAUCAGCUCGUUUGGCGCCAGCGGAACCAUUGCCCAUGCGAUCAUUGACGAGGGAGGCACAUCGAGCAACGACGAGCAUGAACCACCCAUACGGCCACCAUUCCACACCGGGCCACAUUACCAACUCGUCACGGUCAGCGCCGCCGACAAGGACGGCAUUAGACGUCAAGCACAGGCUUUGGAGCAAUACUUACAGCAAUGGUUGAAGAGAACAUUGCCGUCAUCUCAGCAAGAGGCGGCCUAUCUGGGGCGGCUGGCAUAUACGCUCGGGACCAAGCGAGCCGACUUGUCGUACCGCUCAUUCAUGGUCGUUGACAAGAUACAAGACCUGUGCACGCAGCUAGUGCCCGAUUCCUCAGAGAGCAGUUCCGACAGCGACGGCUCCCGCCUGCGUAUCGGCAUGAUCUUCACGGGCCAGGGGGCACAAUGGGCUCGCAUGGGCAUCGAGCUGCUGAGGUACGAGGUCUUUGCGCAGAGCCUACGGCGGGCAGAUGAGUAUUUCCGAGAGAGCCUCGGGUGUGCGUGGUCGGUGCUGCAAGAGCUGUCUGCGGACAAGGACCGAUCGAAUCUGAAAAGGGCCGAAUACAGCCAGCCUCUAUGCACCGCACUCCAGGUCGCACUGGUGGAUCUUUUGGAUUCUUGGGGGAUCCAGCCGGCAGCGGUCGCCGGACACUCGAGCGGCGAGAUGGCCGCGGCCUACGCGAUAGGGGCCCUCUCCGCAGAAGACGCCUGGGCGGCGGCGUACUGGCGCGGCAACCUCGACGGCAGGACCAGUCAGCCCCGCGGUGCCAUGCUGGCUGCUGCCAUGUCCGAACAAGCCGCCCAGGCCCUGAUCGCCCAAGUGCCGCGGUCCAAGGGCAUCGUCGUGGUCGGCUGCGUCAACUCGCCCUCGAGCGUCACGCUGUCCGGCGACGAAGCGGCCGUCGUGGCGGCGUCGCAGCUGAUCACGGAGCAGGGCGUCUUCAACCGACGCCUCCACGUCGAUGCCGCCUACCACUCUCCCCACCAAUCGCGCCUUUCGGACGAGUACCUCAUGCGCAUCCUCCACAUCGCGCCCAAGCCGAUCAAGGCCGGCCGCGGCAUGUUCUCCACCGUGACCGGCAGGGCGGUGCUCAACGAGCGGGCGCUGGGCCCGACCAACUGGGUCCGCAACCUGAUCUCGCCCGUCCUGUUUGCCCAGGCGGUCGAGGCCAUGCUGGUCUCCAAGGAGGCCAACGUGCAGCUCCUGCUCGAGGUCGGGCCGCACGGCGCACUGGCCGCGCCCUGCCAGAACAUCAUGUCCAAGGCCGGCGUCACGGUGCCCUACCUCUCCGUCUUGAGCAGGGACAAGGACGCGGUGGUGACCAGCCUGGCCGCCGCGGGUGAGCUCUGGGCCCGCGGGGAAAACAUCCACAUGGCCGCCGUCAACCAGCCUAGCCUCGACGGCGUUCCUCUGCAGCAGCUGAUCGACCUGCCCCCUUACCAGUGGAACCAUGAAAGGUCGUACUGGAGUGAAUCCCGGCUGACGACCGAACAUCGCCACCGCCAACAUGCCCCUAGCCGCUUCCUCGGGACGCCCCUGCCCACCCUGGUCGAGGGCGAGCAUCUGUGGCGGGCUUUGAUCCGCCCCAGCGACGAGGAUUGGCUCCUCGACCACAAGAUCCAGGGCGUCAUCGUCUACCCCGCCGUCGGGUACAUCGCCAUGGCCGUCGAGGCAGCCCGGCAGCUGGCCGCUGAUACGACGGGCCAAGACGGGUCCGGGGAUUCCAGCAGCCCCAAGUUGCGGGCUUUUCACUUUCGCGAGGUUGAGUUUCUGGCCGCCACCACGGCCCCAGGCGAGGACCAGGUCAUCGAGAUUACGAUAUGCGUGAGGCCAGCCCCGGGUUCUCUGGGUACCUCGUCGGAUUGGCAUCAUUAUACCAUUUCGUCGUGCACCGACGGCAAAACCAUCACCAAGGUCUGCACCGGCCUUUUCAAAGUCGAGUAUGAGCCGGCGGCCGGGUCCGCCGAGGCCUACGAGCUGGCCGAGGCCGAUCGGGAGGUGCAGGCGCGUCUGCUUCGGGCCAGGGCCGAUUGUCGCCGGCGAGAGAACCCAGAGAGCUUCUACAUGGAGCUGUCUCGGAUCGGGCUCGAAUUCGGCCCCGCCUUUCGCAACAUGUCGGAAAUCUGGAUGGGCAAGUCCCAAAGCUACUGCACCGUCGACGUCGUGAACCCCUCGUCGAAACGCGCCAGCGACGAGCGGCGGCCCUUUAUCAUCCACCCGGCCACCUUUGACCCCGUACUGCAGACCAUCACCGCCGCGCUCGGCCUCCCCUCUCGUACGCCGGUGCCCACGGCCAUCGAGGAGCUGGUCAUCUCGGCAGACAUCCCCUGCGAGGUGGGACGGCGCCUGCACGUAUGCUCCAACGCCGUGCCGCGGGGGAACUACGACAUCCUGAGCGACAUCUGCGCGCUGGAGGAGGAGUCCAGCAGGCCGGUCAUGCUGCUGCGCGGGUUCAAGGCCAGCCAGCUGCCGCCGAGCGACCUGGUCGGCGCGCUGGACAAGGCUCACAAGAUCUGCGGCCGGAUCGAGUGGAGGCCGUCGCUGGAGCUUUUGCUGUCUCGCCAGGAGGAUCUGCGAAACGUGAUUCUGAAUCGCAUCAAUGGUGAGGGGGAGGCUUUGAAUGAGUACAUGCAAAUCCUGUGCCACAACUUCCCAGAGGCUUCAGUUUUGGAAAUUGGAGUCGAUCCCGACGAUUCCCUCGCCCCAAAACUCUCUCUUCCAUGGCAUCAUGUUUUGGAUUGGGAAACUGCAGUUUGUACCAGGGAUGGUAUCCAGUAUUCGUCGACAGCUGGGGGCAAAGACUCCAGUGACAAGCAGGUGGACGUUGUCGUCCUUCGGCAACUUCCGCCGGACGGAGAGUUUGGCGCUUUGUUGACCAAAAUCACCGACAAACUCGACAAGGAGAGUCCUCUGGGCUUUGUAUGCAUCACCACUUGCAUUGAAGUUGCCGAAAAGGCUCUGACGGAGCGAAACGCCAGGCCUCUGCUGUCCAUCCAUGACCCAAAGACUGAACAGGGCCUCUUGGUCUUUAAAGCCGCUGGAAAAGAACCGGCACCCCUUCUCUCCAAAUCCAGGAGUGCCGCCGUUGUCUUGCAUUCGAACCAGCCAUCCGCCCUCGAAGCCGACGUGAGCCGUCACUUGAAAAAGCACCUCCAGCAAAUCGGGAUCGACACCACAGCCAGCCGGUGGGAGGACGUUGCCAACAUUCCCGCCAACGCCCACGUUGUUUCGCUUGUCGAAAUCAGCAGCGCAGUCAUCGAGACGCUCGACGAAGCCGAUUUUGCCAAGGUCAAAACCCUUGUUUCGAACACGAGCGAGAUACUAUGGAUCACCAGCGAAACCUCCGAGUCUGAAGGAAUCGCCGUCCGGGGUGCCGUUGACGGGUUUUCGCGGAGUCUCAGGAGCGAAGAGGCCAGGGUCUCGUUCAGGGUUGCACACUUUGGCCAGCGGGUCGAAGCAGACGCCGAAAAGAUGGCCGGGGUGAUUAUGCGUCUCGCGAUGAACAAGACGCGCGAUCACGAGUUCAGAGUCGAGGUGCUGGGUGAUGAUUUCGUCGCUUUUACUUCCCGCGUCGCUCAGGAGGAGAUGCUCAGCGACUACGUCCAGAAAAAGACGGGGACUGUGAGCGAGGCGCGGAUAUUACCUCAUCAUCCUCAUGAAAGCCCAAAGCAAAUCCCCGACAAGGACAGACCCGUCAUCAAGCUAGACAUUGCUGAGCGAGGAAGGCUUGAAACUCUUCAUUUUGUCGAACACCAAAACGAAAGCCUUGAAUUAAAGGAAGACGAAGUCGAAGUUCAAGUGGAAGCGUCUGGUCUCAAUUUCAAAGACAUAGUCAUCGCCUUGGGCCGCGUCCCGGGAACAAUGGAGGGAGCAGAAGGCAGUGGCAUCAUUACACGAGUUGGCAGCUCUGUGGCAGGGCUUCAUGUUGGCGACCGCGUAGUCUGCCUCUGCAUUGGCAUGCAUUCUUCCCUGGUUCGGGUACCAUCUUCUGCGUGCCGCAAGAUGCCGGAUUCCAUGUCGUUCGCCGAGGCCGCCUCUCUGCCCGUGGUGCACUGCACCGCCUACAACGCCUUUGUGCGCAUCGCGCGCAUGGACGAGAACGAGACGACCGACGUGCGACCGUCUGUGCUGAUCCACGCCGCCGCGGGCGGGCUGGGCCAGGUGGCCAUACAAUACGCGCAGCACUUUGGCAUGGAGGUUUUUGCAACGGUGGGCUCGGCCGCCAAGCGCGAGCUGAUCAGCCGCCUGUACGGCAUCCCCGACGACCACGUGCUGAGCUCCCGCGACACCAGCUUCGCCAUGGCCGUCAAGCGGAUGACGGGCCAGCGCGGCGUCGACAUGGUCCUCAACUCCCUCUCCGGCGAGAUUCUGCGUCAGAGCUGGCAGUGCCUGGCUCCGGGCGGCACGUUUGUCGAAGUCGGCAAGGCGGCCAUCGACAGCGUCCGGCCCCCCGGGAACGAGGUCGGCGCCACCUAUACGGUCUUUGACCUCGAGCACAUCGUCCGUCGCAACCCGCGCCUGGCCGGCCGCCUUCUCGACGGAGCACUGCACUACGUCCGCAGCGGCCUCGUCAAGCCGCCCAGCCCCUGUCGCGUCUUUCCCAUCGGCGACGUGCACGAGGCCUUUCGUCUCAUGCAGACGGGCCAGCACAUGGGCAAAAUGGUCUUUUCGUGGUCUGGGGACACCACCGUGCCCGUCCUGAAGCCGAACCCCUUCUCGGUCGUGGCGUCGAUGCCGUCCCGACUCGACGCCGACGCCACCUACCUGCUCGUGGGUGGCCUGGGUGGAAUCGGCCGCAGCAUCUCCCGCAUGCUCGUCGACAUGGGCGCCCGCAAGCUCUGCUUCAUCUCCCGCUCCGGGCUGUCCUCCCCGCCUGCUCGAGCCCUCGUCGCCGAGCUGCAGGCCCUCCAAUGCCGCGUGACGGCGUAUGCCUGCGACGCCGCCGAUGCUUCGCAGCUUGCUCGAACCAUUGCCAGCUGCCAGAGCGAUUCCGGUCCUGUCCGCGGAGUUGUGCAGUGCGCCAUGGUGCUCCGGGACUGCACCUUUGCCAAUAUGGAAUUCUCACAGUGGAGCGACGCCGUCCGUCCCAAGAUCCAGGCGAGCUGGAACCUGCACAACAUCCUGCCCGACCUCGAGUUCUUCACCAUGCUGGCCUCGUUCGCGGGCUACUUUGGCAACACGGGCCAGAGCAACUACGGCGCCGGGUGCGCCUUUCAAGACUCGCUGGCCCGACACCGCAGAUCCAUCGGCAAGCCCGCCGUGGCCUUGGACCUCGGCAUCGUCAACGACGUCGGCGUCCUGGCCGAGACGGGCCUGACGGACAACCUGCGCGACUGGGCGCCGCACUUCGGCAUCCGGGAGCGCCAGCUGCAGGACCUGAUCCGCAUCUCGAUCCUCGACCAGCUGACCGGCCGGCCGGCCAUCCCGGCCCAGGUGCCCACGGGCUUCGCCUCGCUGCGGGCCGCCGACCUGGCCGGCAUCCGUCGCCCCGUGUACCUGGACGAUGCGCGGUUUUCCGUCCUGGCCGCGGACGGGCUGCUGGAGUCGCAGACGGCCAGCGGGCGACGGCCGGGGCGCGGCUCGUCCUUCCAGCACCGCCUCGAGGCGGCGAGGGUCGCUCGCGCGGGCGGCGAGGUCUCGGCGAUCGUCGAGGAGAUGCUGACGCACAAGGUGGCGCAGUCCCUCAAGGUGUCGGCUGACGAGAUCGAUCCGGGCAAGAGCCUGCCGUCGUACGGGAUCAAUUCGCUCGUCGCCAUUGAGAUACGCAAUUGGAUCUUUAAAGAGAUCAAAGCCAACGUGGCCAUUUUCAACAUUAUUGCUCCGGUUCCAUUGAGCAAGCUGGUCGAGGAUAUCGCCACUGGGCUGCUAGUUAGUAACUGA